UCCAACUUUAUGCUCAACAUGUUUUCAUAUUGCAACCGCAAUGAAAAGGAGCAUAUGGCAGCCUUACAAAACGUCAUCAAAAUUAUCGAACAGAAGACAGACGAAAGUCAUCGAAAGUUUUGGAUACGAUUCUCAACGUUUUAGGAACUUUAUUGCAUAAAAACAUUGUUAAUCCAGAUAAAACUUUAUGCAAAUUUGGUAAAUAGUAUUUAAAAAUUUUUCAGAACAAAUUAAUUGCGAAUUAUGUCCUAUUAUACGCGAAAGGAGAUCGAUGAAUUACACACUGACAUCGCGACAUUGGCAAAGGGUAUUACUGGUGGUGGCAGCGAUGAGGAGCGGGUCAUAAGCACGAUCGAGCACUGUUUGCACAAUGGAUAUGAACGACGACGCAUUGCAGAGAAAUUGGAAAAGUUCUUGGACGCGAAACAAAGUUCUAAGCUAACUGAUAAAUUACAAGACAAAUUAGAUGAAUAUCGUCGUAAGGGUAAGAAACGGAAUGGUGGUGCUGAAACGGGUGCAGAUGUGCCAAAGAAAUCUCGAUUUGAUAUGAAGGAAAAAAGUAGUGAUGUGAAAACAACGCCAGAAUUAACGCCUUUAGUUGCGGCCUCAAUGGCCGCAGCAAGUAUAAAUGCUGCAACCGUUGCGGCGCCUGCAGUGUCCACAACUGGCCUCAAUUCAACUCAAAUAAAACUCAUGAUGGUUAACGCUCAACGUGAAAUAGAAGAGAGAAAACGGGCUCUUAACAAUUUAAAAGCAAAAGAUCCUAUACUCGCGUCUGUGCCUCAGAUUGGCUUACCUGUUGCUCUAGCUACACAAGCGCUUGCCAAGAAAACUGUGCCAGAAGAUUCAGAGAAAGCGAAAAAAAUCGCUGAAUUACAGGCACAAAUACGGGCGAAGUUAUCUAAUCUAAUUCAACCACCACAGGUGCAAGAUCGACCCAAACCCUUAAUUUUGGAUGAAGACGGGCGUACGAUUGACAAAAGCGGUAGAACGAUUAAUAUACCCACGCUGACACCAACUUUAAAGGCAAAUAUACGAGCGAAAAAGCGUGAGGUUUUCAACAAGAGUCAAGUUCAGUCCGAACGUCAUACGCAACAAGAGGAAUCAUUAAAGUUCUUCGAUGAUCGCAUUGCUCAAAAACCAACUUUACGAACAAAGCGUUCAUUGCGCUUCCACGAACCGGGUAAGUUUCAGCAACUUGCUGAACGUAUGCGUAUGAAGGCCCAAUUAGAAAAGCUACAAAAUGAGAUUUCUCAAAUUGCACGAAAAACUGGUAUUAGCUCUGCAACAAAGUUAGCUCUAAUUGCACCUAAGCAAGAUACCCCAGAUGAUGUGCCAGCUAUGGAAUGGUGGGAUUCUGUCAUACUUGCUCAAGACAUGAAUACUAUGGAUGAGGUGGGAAAGAUUAGUAUUCGACACUCGGCCAUCACCAAUCUUAUUGAACAUCCAACUCAAAUGAAACCUCCAAAUGAGCCACUUAAACCAGUUUAUUUGCCUGUUUUCCUCACAAAGAAGGAACGUAAAAAGUUGCGCCGUCAGAAUCGCCGAGAGGCAUGGAAAGAAGAGCAAGAAAAAAUACGAUUAGGACUUGUAGGCCCACCAGAACCGAAAUUGCGUAUUUCAAAUUUAAUGCGAGUUCUUGGUACUGAAGCUGUACAGGAUCCAACUAAAAUAGAGGCCCAUGUUCGUGAACAAAUGGCAAAACGUCAAAAGGCGCAUGAGGAUGCCAACAAUGCCCGAAAACUGACAGCGGAACAGAAGAGUGAGAAGAAGAUUCGCAAAAUCAAAGAAGAUACCUCAUGUGGUGUCAAUGUUAGUGUAUAUCGUAUACGUGACUUGCAAGACAACGCUAGUAAAAAAUUUAAGGUAGAGACGAAUGCCAAACAAUUGCACAUGACAGGAACGGUUGUGCUUUUUCGUGAUUGUUGUGUUGUAGUUGUUGAGGGUGGACCAAAGCAGCAGAAAAAAUAUCGGAGACUUAUGCAGCAUCGCAUAAAGUGGGAAGAGGAUAUGGUAAAAGGACCCGACGGUCAGGAUAUUCCCAACACAUGUGUGUUAGUGUGGGAGGGCACUAGUCAGCGUCGUCAUUUCGGAGAAAUUAAAUUUAAGGUAUUUCCUAUGGAAAAGAUGGCUCGCGAGUUCUUUCAGAAGCAUCAAGUAGAGCAUUACUGGGAUCUGGCUUAUUCUGGAGCAGUAUUAGAGGCAUCCGCAGAUAACUAAAUUAUUGUAUACAUUAGCUCUUAGAACAAAAUUCGUUAUGCACAUUUCGAUAAAAUGUUUGAUUUUUUUUGUAAUACAAAUAAAUAUUUUCAAUUUGGAAAUCGA